AUCCAUCUUCCCGCACCACCCCCAGGGAAUGCCGCAGCCGGUUUUGCGGCCGGCUUCCCCGUAGGCAGGGCCGUCCCCCCGCCGUCCCCCUCGUUCCACACAGGACAGCAGCAUCCCCGCUUAGCGCACGGGCAGGCCGUCCGCCCCGCAACGCGUCGCGCCGCGCCGGCUCACGGAGCAGCGGGCGGGUAUGGCGGGGCCCGGCGGGGCGGCGGCGCCGCUGGUGCUGUACCACUGGACGCAGUCCUUCUCCUCGCAGAAGGUGCGCCUAGCCAUCGCUGAGAAAGCACUAACGUGUGAGGAACACGAUGUAAAUCUGCCCCUGAGUGAACACAACGAGCCGUGGUUUAUGCGCUUAAAUGCGUCUGGAGAAGUACCUGUCCUCAUCCAUGGGGAAAAUAUUAUUUGUGAGGCAACGCAGAUCAUUGAUUACCUCGAAGCAACGUUUGUAGAUGCAGAAGUGCCAAGACUAAUGCCGGAAGAAGGGAGCAUGUAUUAUCCAAGGGUGCAACACUACAGGGAGCUUUUAGACUCCUUGCCUAUGGACGCCUACACGCACGGCUGCAUUCUACACCCUGAGUUAACUGUGGACUCCAUGAUUCCAGCCUAUGCUACAAGCAGAAUCCGCAGUCAAAUAAGUAAUACAGAAUCAGAGUUGAAAAAGCUUGCAGAAGAAAAUCCGGACCUUCAAGAUGCCUACAUAGCAAAACAGAAGCGCCUUAAAUCUAAACUGCUGGAUCACGAUAAUAUAAAAUAUCUAAAGAAAAUACUGGAUGAGCUGGAGAAAGUUUUGGAUCAGGUUGAGACUGAGUUGCAGCGUCGAAAUGAGGAAACACCAGAAGAUGGAAGUCAGCCUUGGCUCUGUGGUGAAUUCUUCAGUUUGGCAGAUGUAUCACUUGCUGUCACGCUACAUCGGUUGAAAUUUCUUGGAUUAGCAAGAAGAAAUUGGGGAAACGGAAAACGGCCGAACUUGGAAGCAUAUUAUGAGCGUGUCCUAAAGAGAAAAGCAUUUCACAAAGUUUUAGGACAUGUCAACAAUAUAUUAAUCUCAGCAGUUCUGCCAACUGCAUUUCGAGUGGCCAAGAAGAGAGCGCCCAGAGUUCUUGGCACCACCCUGAUGGUCGGCAUGCUAGCGGGAAUGGCUUAUUUUGCUCUAGUGUGUCUUCGGAAGAGAUUUGCCAACAUGAUGUUAUCAAUUAGAACCAGACAAAAUUAUUUUUAGACCUAUUUGUCCCUGGUGGUAAGUGGAGGCCAUCUCUACUGCCCCGGUAGACUAUACCCAAUACAAUAUAAGCGUAUAAGAAAGAUUAUGUUUGUGAAUUAGAACUUUGUCACAGUAAUCAUCUCCUGAAAUUGUAUAAUUGGCUUGACAAUGCCAAUAUAUUUGCAGAAAAUAUAUAUGGGGGAGCGAGGGCAGCAGGGGAAAGAAUCAUCAUAGAGUCAUGGAAUGGCUUGGGUUGGAAGGGACCUCAAGGAUCAUCAAGCUCCAACCCCCCCUGCUGCAGGCAGGGCCACCAACCUCCACAUUUGAUACUAGACCACGCUGCCCAGGGCCCCAUCCAACCUGGCCUUGAACACAUCCAGGGAUGGGGCAUCCACAACCUCUCUGGGCAGCCUGUUCCAGCACCUCACCACUCUCAUAGUUAAGAACUUGCCCCUGAUAUCCAAACUAAAUCUUCCCUCCUUCAACUUAAAACCAUUUUCCCUUGUCCUGCUAUUAUCUACCCUUUCAAAGAGUUGACUCCUCUCCUGACUGUAGGCUCCCUUAAGGUUCUGGAAGGAAGAUACUUUCUUUUCAGGUGUGGAAGUAUAAGGGCUGUGAUAGUGUUUUGUAGAAGUGGUUAGUGUUUCUAUCUCCUGUACCCAGUAACUGACCUGAUUAUAAUGUAUUUAUUUAAUAGCUGCAGGAAUGUGACAGCUUUUCACUGUGGGUAAAAUGCAUUACUGUGCAGAAACCAGCAUUGUUAAAAUACUGAAAAUAGUACUCAGUUUAAAUGCUCAGAGUAGGAUUUGAGUGCCACGUAGGCUCUGUGCCUUUCAUGUAUGAGUUGAAUAUCUCUGUACUGAUGAAUGUCUACUGAUUUGCAAUUGGAUCUUUAAGAAUGUAUUAUUAAGCAGCCUUCUAGAGCCACUUUUCUCCCAGUAUGUUGGUCAUGCAGUAAUGCAGGAAGAGACCUGAACAGCAUGUAAAUAUCAUGGUUUGUGGGCCACUUGAGUGAAAUUCUUUAAAAGCAUCAGCAGUUAGCAGUUUCUGGACUUCUCUUGAUACACAGAUGAGAGUGAAAAACUUGAUACUUGCCUUUUUUAAUGUCUUUUGGGCAGCCUUUGUCCCAGCCAGAUACCCAACUCUGCUACAAGGCCUGGCUGAGUCAUGCCAAACUACCCCAGUGCACAUAUCCUACUUUGAUUGCUGUCCCCUCCUUCUAUCUUGCUCUUGUGGUGACUUGAUACAGUUUCCUCCAUAUUGGUGUCCCACAUACACCCUCUUGUUUCCACCUUGAGCACUGGCUGGAUUUUUUUGCACAUGACUUAUCUAUGUUAGCGAUUGUAUGAGCCUCUGUGAAAUGUUUGCCCGCAGUGUUCCACAGCCGACUAGGUAAUGUAUGUACAACAAUGAAUUUUGUAAAAACAAUUUAAGAUAGUCUGGUUGGGUAACCUAUUUUGAAGGUUUAGCAGCCUUUUUACUUAUGGAGAGUUAUCAUAUUGGUGAUAAGUGAAAAAUAUAGGCUGGUUUGCGAAUAGGUGCAGAUUUUUUUUGCAAAGCUACAUUCUUGUAGGGAAGGUGUAGAAAAACACCAAUACUUUCCAUGGCUCAUAACACUUCCAUUAUGUUUGAACUGAGCUCCCAUUUCAGAUAGAAGUGCCCAUCUACCUGAAGGUAGACUUUGAAUCAUUUUGCAGAGAGAAAUUGCUGAGAAUUCUGACAGCUGUUUAGUAAGUUUUCUGUAUUCUUUCUGAAUGUUAGAAAAACGUCAGAAUAUUUACAAGCUAUAGAUAAUUACAACAAAUAAAACAUAACUCGUGAUGCUCAACCAGUGCUAACAGGCCUAAGUGCAUUUUAUAUCUGAUGCUGAUUGUUGUGGACUCUCAAUUACUUUUAAGCAACAAGAAGAUUCACUUUCAAGUUUGCUGGAUAAAAAAAACCCAGAUAAAAUUAGUGAAUACUCCUCUUUAUAAUGUAAUAUUAUUUUAUUUCUUCAGCAAAAUAAGAUUUAAUUCUCAUUGCUCCAUUUCACUAAUGAGAAAAAUCUUACCUAGGAAACAAUAUUUUUUUAUUAUUUGUGAAAAAGACAGUUUUAUAUAAUUGUAUUUCAUGACCCAGUUGUUUUCAAGGACUUGAUGAACUAAAUUGCUCUAUUUAGAAAAAAAAAUGUGUUAUCUAGAAUAAGCUUAAUUCAACAAUAUUGUUGAUAUUCUGACAGCUUUAACUGAGUUUGGUGUUUGUAUAUUGCUGCUCAUCUGCGUUUAAGUGUAACCAACAAAUUCCACAGAGUUAACAAAUACAGGGUAAACUUUGUAACUUAAUGCUUCCCUGGCAUGUACUUAUGGCAGGCCAUCUGUAAAAUACACUCUGAUCAAGUCACAUUAAAAUUCAGUAUUUAUGUCAGCUCCCUGUAGGAUAGAUUUAGAUUCCCCCCCCUCCCCCCUUAUGUGCUGAGAUCUGGGCUAACUAUUGAUGAAGCUGUUCAGUUUUAGUUCCCUCCAAGCUUGAUCGCUGUACAUCAGCUAGUGCUCACUGCUUUCCAGGAUUUGCAGGUAUUGUUGGGAAGGACUGAAUUGUCCACCAGAUGUCAGUGGUCCUCCAGGGCAUGCAUCUGAGAUGUACGGGAAGUCAUGAAAGUUUCACAAACAAGACGUUGAUGAUCUCAGUGUAAGAUGGAUGAUGUGAGCAUGCUCAUGAAGCUAGUACUCUCAAGAGCCUUGAAACAACUGCUUUGGUCUACUGCAGGCUAAUUCUGUAAUAUUUAUAGGUUUUACUUCUGAGUAGUUUCUAUACUGGUUAAUUAAGAUUGCCCAACAGAGAACAAAGCUUAAAUGAUAGUUCACAUUAAAUUGAAUGCCACUGAAUAGCAAUUAAGGUUGUCUGCAGGAAUGAACGUGGAUAAAACUUGCUGAGAAAAGUUUGGGUCCCUAGUUUUAAUCAAGUUUUGUUCAACUAAGGCUACUUACUUUCACAAUCCUGAAAUACAAUGCACGACAUUGAUUUCUGUACAGGUGGCAGCAAAAGGCUUAUCCGUGAUUAUAUUCUCAAGAUAAGAAAAGAUUUUAAAAUACAUACACUAUAUAUGACUUUUUGUGCAGAGUACCUUUUGUGUGGUUCUUGUAAGUUUUCUUUUCAGCCUGCCUUAUUUUUUUUUUGCUCAAUACCUCUGUUUAUAUUGGAUACACGGUCUUCUGAUUUUCAUUUACUAUUUGCUCUCAUAUCAUGCAUCAGAUAACAUUUCAUAUGUCUUUAUAUGUGGGACCAGCAAAAUAAACAUAGAUUCUGAGACUA